AUGGGUCGGUUCCUCUCCUGCUACCUGCUGUCGUCGCUGAACCCCAAAGGAAAAGGGAGAACCUACAUCGGGUUUACGCCGAACCCGGCGCAGCGGCUGCGGAAGCACAACGGGGAGAUCGUGGGCGGCGCGUUCAAGACCAGGAAGCUCAGACCUUGGGAGAUGGUCCUCGUGGUAUAUGGAUUCCCAACUAAGGUUCAAGCGCUGCAGUUCGAGUGGGCCUGGCAGCACCCCGACCGCUCGAAGGCCGUCCGCGAGGCCGCGCGGAAGCUCGGCAGCCGCGGGCAGAUGGGCCUGCAGGGCAAGGUCCGGCUGCUGUUCGAAAUGCUCGGAUGCGAGCCGUGGUGCCUCUUUCCGCUCAACGUCCAGAUCCUCGACACCAAGUACGAGGCGCUACAGCUCCAGUGCUCGCCCCCGCCGGGCCACGUGGCGGUGACGUGCGGUCCGAUGGACACGCUGCCGGUGGCGCUGGACGCGUCGGAUGCGGAGGACGGGCAGGGCGGCGGGGACGGCGAGGACGGUGCGGUGUCGGGCGGGACGAGCGUGCUCGGCGCGGAGGACGGCGGACUGUCGCAGCACUGGCCGAUGAGUCAGGGGGGUGGCGUUUCGAUGGCGGGGCUCUCGCAGGGGGGUGUCGCGGGGUGGGAGUCGGACUCGUCGUACCAGGGCCUCUUCGGCGACAGCGGGCUGAUCACGGGCGGCUCGCAGCUCCCGGGCGCGAGCGUGGAGGGAGGGGUUGUGUUGACGCAAGACACAGCGGGGGGGGGUGUCGCGGGGCGCAAGCGUGCCUGCCAGCACCCGUGCGCGGUGUGCGGGAAGGACGCGUCGAGCGGGUGGGCGGGGUGCGCCGCGGGGACGCCUGGAUGUCCCGGAAAGGUCCACAUGCGGUGUCUUGCCGACGUAUUUUCCAGUCGAGGAUCCGUGACUGACAGUGGGCUGCCACUGACUGGUCCGUGCCCGGUGUGCGGCGGCGCGGGGACGUGGCUCCAGGCGCUCGAGGCCGGCGGGUCCGUCGGGUGGGGCAACGGCGGCAGCAAGCGGCAGAGGGGCCGCAAGCGCGCAACGCGCAAGACGUCCGAGCGAAAGACGCAGGCGGAGGGGGCUGCGGAGGCGGCGUCGCGGCAGGCGACGCCCGUGAAGAAGAAGGCCAGGGCGCCCGCGCGGAAGGGCGGGUCGCGGGCCGCGUCGCCGGCGGCGGGGGGGAGUGAAGGGGGGGGUAAUCGACUCGGGGAGGACUGGGCGGUGAUCGAUCUGUGCGACAACAGCCCGUCGCAGGUCGAGGACGACGCGGGCGGCGCGGGGCUGCGGUCUGGGACGGCGUCGCCGUCGCGGCGGGACGAGGGCCGGGCGGCGGAGGGGGGGGUGUUGAAUGAUCCAGAGUCCCCCGGCUACGCGAUGUUCGACGGGCAGAACCCGAAGUGGGGGACUUUCGCGGACCUGCCGACGCCGCCGGAGACGCCCGAGAAGGACGAGGUGCGUCGGGGCGGGCGGGCGGCGCCGGGGCGGGGCGGCGCAGCGGCGGGGGGGGACAAGAGCGACGAGUCCCCCCCUCUGCAGCUGUCCCUGCGCGAGAGGCUCCUGCAGGUGCAGGCGCGAAUGCACCAGACGCUCCCGACGCCGCCGAACGCCGGCGGCGCGCCCGCUGAGGCGACGGCAACGAAGCGGGCCGCGGACCAGCCAGAAAGUGCGCAGUGCGGCGACGGCGACGUCGACGCGACGCCAGCGCCGCCUACGCGUUCGCGGAUCCGUCCGCCGCAGCGGACGUCGGGCGCGCGCGCCGACAUCGUGCUGUCGUCCUCGGACAGCUCCGGCGACGACGACGUGGGCCUGGCGGAGCGGCUGGCGCGCAGGCGGCCUGACGCAGGCACGUCGCCGCCGCUCGCGGUGCCGGACACGACCCCGAGGCCGGGGCGGCGCAGCGCCGGAGGCGCGCCGCGGGCGGCGGAGACCGUGAUUGAGUUCCUUGACGAUUCAGACUGA